CCGCAUGAAUCUAAGGUUGACAGUGCUGUGCAUGUACUAUAAAGUACUGAACCAACUUUUCCUGACCAUAUUUUAGCAAAGGAUCUGUAGAUUCCCACAGUAAGGCUCAAUGGCAGCUCUCAAAUACGCAGGUUUGGAUGAUACAGACAGUGAGGACGAGUUACCACCUGGUUGGGAAGAGAGAACUACAAAGGAUGGAUGGGUUUACUAUGCAAAUCAUGAUGAGAUGAAGACUCAGUGGGAACACCCCAAGACUGGGAAGAAGCGACGUUGUGCUGGAGAUUUACCAUAUGGAUGGGAACAAGAGACGGAUGACAAAGGCCAAGUUUUCUAUGUGGAUCACAUUAACAAGCGGACCACAUACUUCGAUCCCCGGCAGGCAUUCACCGUGGAGGAUGUCCAGCAGAAGCCCAAGCGGUACGAUGGCAACACAUCGGCUUUGGAGAUUCUGCAAGGUCGCGACCUCUCAAACAGGGUGGUGGUCAUCACUGGGGCCAACUCUGGAAUUGGUUUUGAGACAGCGAAAUCCUUCGCCCUUCACGGAGCUCAUGUCAUCCUGGCCUGUCGGAACAAGGCCCGUGCCAACGAAGCUGUCAGCCUGAUCUUGGAAGAGUGGCACAAAGCCAAGGUGGAAGCCAUGAACCUGGACUUGGCUUCAUUGACCAGCGUGAGGGAGUUUGCAGAGGCCUUCAAGGCCAAGAACCUGCCUCUGCACAUUCUGGUGUGUAAUGCGGCUGUGUGCACCCAACCCUGGAGGCUGACAGAGGACGGCCUGGAGUCCACCUUCCAGAUCUGUCACCUGGGUCACUUCUACCUGGUGCAGUGCCUUCAGGAUGUCCUCCGGCGCUCUGCCCCAGCCCGUGUGGUGGUGGUCUCCUCCGAGUCCCACAGGUUCACAGACCUGGUGGAUUCCUGUGGGAAGGUGGACCUUGCCCUGCUUUCUCCUCCUAAGAAAGACUACUGGUCCAUGCUGGCAUACAACCGCUCCAAACUCUGCAACAUCCUGUUUUCCAAUGAGCUGCAUCGCCGGCUUUCCGCCUAUGGUGUCACGUCUAACGCAGUGCAUCCCGGAAACAUGAUGUACACCUCCAUCCAUCGCAGCUGGUGGCUGAUGACACUGCUGUUCAACAUUGCUCGCCCUUUCACCAAGUCUAUGCAACAAGGGGCAGCCACCACCGUGUACUGUGCAGUGGCCCCGGAGCUGGACGGCCUGGGAGGGAUGUACUUCAACAACUGCUUCCGCUGUCUGCCAUCCCAGGAGGCCCAGGACGAGGCCACAGCCAUCAGCCUGUGGGAGCUGAGCGAGAGGCUGAUCCGGGAGAGGGCUGGCACGCGGGCCCUCUAAUGCCAGGGGCCCAUUUCGACA